AACAUAAUAUAUGAUGUAAAAUAUUUAGCGUCAUGAGUACAAUCUUUUUAUUAUUGCUGUUAACAUAAUAUUACGAGAUAACCGCACUAUCUCUUGAUCUUACUAUAAAAUCUUCAGUGCUUGAUAAAAUAAUUUAGAAAUUCACGAUGCAAAGAAAGUUCACGGUUGCUGUAUUUCUCAUCUCCCUCGCAGUAUGGAAUACCUACGCUGCAUCCAUCCAAUCUUCUUCUACUGGUAGUAGUAAUACAUCUUCAGACAAAUCAAGUGUAUCAAAUGCAACUGGAUACUUAACAAAAGAGGUUUCAGUAACCUCAUCAAAUUCAGAACAAAGUACAAAUACGACUGAUGAAUCAAACACAGACGAUGUAUCUACAAAAUAUUCUGCCAAUUUAACAGAUGUCGCAUUUACUGUUAAUAGAGCUGAAACAGUUAAUACCUCGAAUACUGACAUUACCUCUGAAGCUAAUACAACAACGACAUUAUUGACUUCAUCUACUUCAGACAGUGGAAAUGCAACAAGAACUGAAGAUACUUUAUCCUCAUUGGUGUCUAGUUCCACCAACUCUACAAACUCUACUUCAGCCUUACAAAUUUCAAACUCGUUAAACACCACCGAUGAAUUACAUCAAAAUGUUCUUAGGAUAACAGAUGAAAGUGUUCAGAAUUCUACAUUGGAUUCUAUAGCAUCGUCGAAUACGACAACGGGGCUUGAUACUUUAAGUUACACAAAUGUAACCGAAACAUUAGAUACAACAAUUUCAAAUACUCUUAAUUUUACGAAUACCACAAAUGUGAGUGCUACAUCUAAUUCAACAAUAUUUACGGAUAGCUUAAUAUCGGUGACAACCAAUAUAUCUGUUACAUCAAAUUCUUCAUCCGAUACUGAUUCGAAGAGUUAUGAAAGUACUUUACUUUCAACAGAUACCGAGACUUCAGAUGCUUUAAAUUCUACAAGUUCAACAAAUGUAUCAGACGCAGCAACUUAUAAUACAUCCACAAAUAGUAUGGAGUUGACUAACGUUACAACAACAGGAGACGCUACGCACACAUUAACGUCAGAUUCUUCAAAUGCUACGAACUUAACUUACGAAUCAAAUACAGUCAAUUCACAAAAUUCGUCUCAAAGUUCAGACACCACCUAUUUCGAAACCUUGGACAGUACAAAUUCUACUAACAUUUCGGCAACCAACAAUGCAUCAUCAGUUAUAGACGUUACAAUUUCGUCGUCAAUCAAUUCUACAACAUCAACAAAUUCUUCGUUUGAUGGUGAUAUCACAAGUUCAAUAAACUCAUUACACACCACUAAUAAUUCGACAUCAGACAGUGCCAAUACAACAAGUUCAUCAGAUUUAACAGGAUUUAUAAAUGUUCAAAACAUAAAAUCUGUGUCAGAUACCACUGAAAAUACAAACUCUAAUGAAUCUUCUAGUAAUUCUAGUUCAAAAUCAGAAUAUUCGUUGAACUCCUCAUCAACUUCAAAUGUUGAAAAUUCAGCCAACUCUACAGUGAGUUCAAGCUCAUCUUCAUCAGAAACAAUGAGCCAUUCGAAUUCAUCCAUUAUACUGGAUUCAACUAAUUCCUCCACUGCAGUAGAUGUUCAAAUUUCUUCUGAAUCCAACUCAACAACAUCAACAAAUAUAACUGAUGAUAUAAAAAGUUCAAACGUACAAAACACAGUGAAUACGGCAAGCAAUUCUGUAUCAGAUACUGUGAAUAUAACCAGCUCGACUGAUUAUAGUAGCAAUAAGACCUCACAAGCAACAAGCCAAUCUACAGAGUCUUCUAAAAGCACAAAUUCAAGUGAUUCUAUUAAUAUUUCUGUUAACAAAUCGGAAAAUCUUAUCAAUUCCACAUCUGCUACAGAAACGACAAAUUCUAUCAAUGAGACAGAAACUGCUGAUUCCUCAAUAUACGAGAGUUCUAAUUCUACGAGUUUCGUAAAUAAUGAAAACGCCUCAAAUUCUUCGUACGUCUCUGAUUCUACAGUUUCGUCGUCAGUAAACUCUACAACAUCCACAAAUUCUUCGUUUGAUAGUGAUAUCACAAAUUCAACAAACUCAUUACACACCACUAAUAAUUCAACAUCAGACAGUACAAAUACAACAAGUUCAACAGAUAUAACGGAACAUACAAAUGUUCAAAACAUAAAGUCUGAGUCAGAUACCACUGAAAAUACAAACUCUAAUGAAUCUUCUAGUAAUUCUAGUUCAAAAUCAGAAUAUUCGUUGAACUCCUCAUCAUCUUCAAAUGUUGAAAAUUCAGCCAACUCUACAGUGAGUUCAAGCUCAUCUUCAUCAGAAACAAUGAGCCAUUCGAAUUCAUCCAUUAUACUGGAUUCAACGAAUUCCUCCACUGCAGUAGAUGUUCAAAUUUCUGCUGAAUCCAAUUCUACAACGUCAACAAAUAUGACUGAUGAUAUAAAAAGUUCAAACGAACAAAACACAGUGAAUACGGCAAGCAAUUCUGUAUCAGAUACUGUGAAUAUAACAAGCUCGACUGAUUAUAGUAGCAAUAAGACCUCACAAGCAACAAGCCAAUCUACAGAGUCUUCUAAAAGCACAAAUUCAAGUGAUUCUAUUAAUAUUUCUGCUAACAAAUCGGAAAAUCUUAUCAAUUCCACAUCUGCUACAGAAACGACAAAUUCGGUAAAUCAGACAGAAACUGCUGAUUCUUCAAUAUACGAGAGUUCAAAUUCUACGAGUUUCUUAAAUAAUGAAAACACCUCAAAUUCUUCGUACGUCUCUGAUUCCACAGUUUCGUCGUCAGUAAACUCUACAACGUCAACAAGUUCUUUGUUUGAUAGUGAUAUCACAAAUUCAACAAACUCAUUACACACCACUAAUAAUUCAACAUCAGAUAGUGGAAAUACAACAAGUUCAACAGAUAUAACGGGACAUACAAAUGUUCAAAACAUAAAAUCUGUGUCAGAUACCACUGAAAAUACAAACUCUAAUGAAUCUUCUAGUAAUUCUAGUUCAAAAUCAGAAUAUUCGUUGAACUCCUCAUCAACUUCAAAUGUUGAAAAUUCAGCCAACUCUACAGUGAGUUCAAGCUCAUCUUCAUCAGAAACAAUGAGCCAUUCGAAUUCAUCCGUUAUACUGGAUUCAACUAAUUCCUCCACUGCAGUAGAUGUUCAAAUUUCUUCUGAAUCCAAUUCUACAACGUCAACAAAUACGACUGAUGAUAUAAAAAGUUCAAACGUACAAAACACAGUGAAUACGGCAAGCAAUUCUGUAUCAGAUACUGUGAAUAUAACAAGCUCGACUGAUUAUAGUAGCAAUAUGAGCUCACAAGCAACAAGCCAAUCUACUGAUACUUCGAAAAGCACAAAUUCAAGUGAUUCUAUUAAUAUUUCUGCAAACAAAUCGGAAAAUCUUAGCAAUUCCACAUCUGCUACAGAAACGACAAAUUCUGUAAAUCAGACAGAAACUGCUGAUUCCUCAAUAUACGAGAGUUCAAAUUCUACAAGUUUCAUAAAUAAUGAAAACGCCUCAAAUUCUUCGUACGUCUCGGAUUCCACAGUUUCGUCGUCAGUAAACUCUACAACAUCAACAAAUUCUUCGUUUGAUAGUGAUAGCACAAAUUCAACAAACUCAUUACACACCACUAAUAAUUCAACAUCAGAUAGUGGAAAUACAACAAGUUCAACAGAUAUAACGGGACAUACAAAUGUUCAAAACAUAAAAUCUGUGUCAGAUACCACUGAAAAUACAAACUCUAAUGAAUCUUCUAGUAAUUCUAGUUCAAAAUCAGAAUAUUCGUUGAACUCCUCAUCAACUUCAAAUAUUGAAAAUUCAGCCAACUCUACAGUGAGUUCAAGCUCAUCUUCAUCAGAAACAAUGAGCCAUUCGAAUUCAUCCGUUAUACUGGAUUCAACUAAUUCCUCCACUGCAGUAGAUGUUCAAAUUUCUGCUGAAUCCAAUUCUACAACGUCAACAAAUACGACUGAUGAUAUAAAAAGUUCAAACGUACAAAACACAGUGAAUACUGCAAGCAAUUCCAUAUCAGAUACUGUGAAUAUAACCAGCUCGACUGAUUAUAGUAGCAAUAAGACCUUACAAGCAACAAGCCAAUCUACUGAUACUUCGAAAAUCACAAAUUCAAGUGAUUCUGUUGACAUUUCUUCGAACAAAUCGGAAAAUCUUAUCAAUUCCACAUCUGCUACAGAAACAACAAAUUCUGUAAAUCAGACAGAAACUGCUGAUUCCUCAAUAUACGAGAGUUCAAAUUCUACGAGUUUCAUAAAUAAUGAAAACGCCUCAAAUUCUUCGUACGUCUCUGAUUCUACAGUUUCGUCGUCAGUAAACUCUACAACAUCAACAAAUUCUUCGUUUGAUAGUGAUAUCACAAAUUCAACAAACUCAUUACACACCACUAAUAAUUCAACAUCAGAUAGUGGAAAUACAACAAGUUCAACAGAUAUAACGGGACAUACAAAUGUUCAAAACAUAAAAUCUGUGUCAGAUACCACUGAAAAUACAAACUCUAAUGAAUCUUCUAGUAAUUCUAGUUCAAAAUCAGAAUAUUCGUUGAACUCCUCAUCAUCUUCAAAUGUUGAAAAUUCAGCCAACUCUACAGUGAGUUCAAGCUCAUCUUCAUCAGAAACAAUGAGCCAUUCGAAUUCAUCCAUUAUACUGGAUUCAACUAAUUCCUCCACUGCAGUAGAUGUUCAAAUUUCUGCUGAAUCCAAUUCUACAACGUCAACAAAUAUAACUGAUGAUAUAAAAAGUUCAAACGUACAAAACACAGUGAAUACGGCAAGCAAUUCUAUAUCAGAUACUGUGAAUAUAACCAGCUCGACUGAUUAUAGUAGCAAUAAGACCUCACAAGCAACAAGCCAAUCUACAGAGUCUUCUAAAAGCACAAAUUCAAGUGAUUCUAUUAAUAUUUCUGCUAACAAAUCGGAAAAUCUUAUCAAUUCCACAUCUGCUACAGAAACGACAAAUUCUGUAAAUGAGACAGAAACUGCUGAUUCCUCAAUAUACGAGAGUUCAAAUUCUACGAGUUUCAUAAAUAAUGAAAACGCCUCAAAUUCUUCGCAUGUCUCUGAUUCUACAGUUUCGUCGUCAGUAAACUCUACGAUUUCUGAAGACUUCAGUUCUGACUCAGUUUUUGCAAACUCUUCAAAUUCAUCAAAUAUAAAGGAGACGACAAUAUCAGAAACAACAAAUAACACAGUUUCAACUGACAACACACACUAUGAUAGUCAUUCCAACCAGAGUGUGUCUAAAUAUAACACUAAUAAUACAGAAUCAAAUGAUUCAAAAGACUUUUUGCAAUCAGAAUCUAUCUAUUCUUCGAAUUCAUCAUCUGUAGAAGAUGUAACAAAUUCAAUAAAUUCAAAUGAAAGUUCCGGCACAUCCACAAUUAAAAUAGAGAAAACAUCAAGUUCAAAUGACACGAAGGAUGUAACCAAUUCUACCAGUGAAAGUUCAAGUAGUUUGUCAGUUACAUCUAACAGCACCAAUUCAAAACAAUCAACCGUUACUAACAACAUUGAUAACAUGUUUGUUUCAAAAAAUGUUACUGAUAUCGUAUCUACGGAUAAAACUAUUGCAUUAAAUUCAACAGCAACAUCAAAUUCCCAUAACUCUGACUAUUCAUCGGUUAGUCAAGAGUCUGUAAGUUCUGUAAGCGAUAGUUCAAACAUCGCCAACACAAUCGAUAAAUUAUCUAACUCAACCUCAACCCGGACCAGUAGUUCAUCAUCAAGUACAUCAGUGCCCAGCAGUUCAGUCUCAAGCAGUCCACAAGAUAGUUCUGGUUCAUCAAACUCCAAUAGCAGUUCUGUCAACUCAUAUGCAACAAAGAAUACUUCGCGUUCAAUGAAUACAAAUGACAUAGAAACAACGUAUUCCACUGAUGACAUCGCUUUCAGGAACGUUACCGAAGUUAUUAAUGACGAAACUUUAAUACUCACAAAUAAUCAUACUGACACAACAAGUACUGUUAUCACUACAGAUGCUUCUAAUAACGUGACAAUAAUAACAAUCAUAACAAAAAAUAUGACUGUUACAGUAGAUGAUGAUAUUACAAAUAUAACUGAAAUUACUGUUGUAACAAAUAUAACCAGCAGCACAAAUACUACUGAAGAUAUAAUUACAAGUGAGAUAACUGAUAUAAUUACUACUGUUAUUUUCACUAACACUACAAUCGUCACCAUUACUAUGAAUGGUAAUGAAACCACGUUGACUACUACGUCAUUAAAUAGCACUGAUGUUAUCGAAACAACAUCUGUUGAUGAUACAAUAAAAGACUCAAUAAUUUCUAUAUUAAGAAACAGUACAGAUGUUACGACGUCAAGAAGGACAUUGGAUGUUUCAAAUAAAACUGUUACAAGUCAAUCAACAAAUACGACUACUUUAUUAACAGUAACCGGAGAUGAAACAGACUCUACGAAUUCUACCGACUCUAAUGACUCAUCCGAAACGAACACAACUUCCAUAUGCACGACUCAGGGCUAUGUUGCCGAUCCAGACUCUAAAAACUGCACGAGAUACUUUGAAUGCGUUCAAAAUAGUGAUGGCACCUAUACCGAGACUGCUACCACGUGUCCCGACAACUCUAAAUACAAUCCCGAUACGACUUUAUGUGAUUUUGAUUACGUAUGUCCAGAUUCGGCGGAUAGCAACAAUUCUUCUGAUUCAAAUGAUUCAAGCGGAGAAUCUAAUUCAACCGACACUUCCAUAUGCACGACACAGGGCUAUGUUGCUGAUCCAGAUUCUAAAAACUGCACGAGAUACUUUGAAUGCGUUCAAAAUAGUGAUGGCACCUAUACCGAGACUGCUACUACGUGUCCCGACGGCUCUAAAUACAAUCCCGAUACGACUUUAUGUGAUUUUGAUUACGUAUGUCCAGAUUCGGCGGAUAGCAACAAUUCUUCUGAAUCAAAUGAUUCAAGCGGAGAAUCUAAUUCAACCGACACUUCUAUCUGCACGACGCAGGGCUAUGUUGCUGAUCCAGACUCUAAAAACUGCACGAGAUACUUUGAAUGUGUCCAAAAUACUGAUGGCACCUAUACCGAGACUGCUACCACGUGUCCCGACGGCUCUAAAUACAAUCCCGAUACGACUUUAUGUGAUUUUGAUUACGUAUGUCCAGAUUCAGCGGAUAGCAACAAUUCUUCUGAUUCAAAUGAUUCUAGUGGUGAAUCUAAUUCAACCGACACUUCUAUAUGCACGACACAGGGCUAUGUUGCCGAUCCAGACUCCAAAAACUGCACCAGAUACUUUGAAUGCGUUCAAAAUAGUGAUGGCACCUAUACCGAGACUGCUACUACAUGUCCUGAUGAUUCUUAUUAUAAUCCCACAACAACUUAUUGUGAUUUCGAAUAUGAAUGUCCAUAUUCGACGGACAGUAGCAAUUCUUCUGAAUCAAAUGAUUCAAGCGGUGAAUCGUCCGAUACCUUUACAUGCACAGCAACUGGACGAUUUGCAAACAGCAGUGACACUACUUGCCAAUCGUAUUUCAGUUGUGUGUUGUUGGCCGAUGGGACCUAUGAUUUAACUGUAUACAACUGUCCGGCUUCUUCACGAUUCGACCCGAAUAAAAAAUAUUGUACAGCGGCAUACACGUGCGGUUCCUAGGUAUAAAAUUAAUCAUUACGUAUACUUAAUUUAUGUAUUUCUAUGUUAUUGAAACGACUUAAUAAAUGAAAACAAUUGA